AUGCAGUAUUGUACAACGAAUGCGUGGUCGAAUAAUGACUGCACAGCUGGAAAUCAGCGGUCAGAUAACGGUAAUUUUUAUGACGCAACAUUUGGGGCAGGAGGCUAUGGUGGAGAUUCCUCCGAUUCUGACCUCGUAGUUGCUAAUGACGGUGCUUUAAUGAACGACGAUAGCUCUUCAUGUAGCGACACCGAUUUCAAUAUGGGUAAUACAGUUAAUGAAGUCGAUCUGAUAUAUUUAACUGCCUCAACUCUCUCCAGUUGUUUUGAAGGUGCAAAGGUGGAUCAGUUGACUGGCCUGAUGAGAUCAGUGUGGGGGCUCGAUCCUGAGUUUGUGGCUCGGCAGCUAGGUUAUUACGAUUUUAAUUCUUUUCUACAAUCUGAUCUAGCAAAAAAGUAUGUAGAGCUGGUUAAAGUAGAAGGCGACAAAUUUUAUUACGGUACCAAAUGCACCAAAGAAAAUGAACAUGUUUUACAUCGCAUUCGAGACGAUCACCUAUCAGAAGAGCGGCGCUCAGAAAAACGAAAAAGGGAAAGGCUGAUGGCGCUCAGGAUGCCGGAGAAUCAGAAAAACUUUGUCGAAGGCAAGAGAAGAAUAAUCGAAAUUCUCAAAGAAUUGGAAGCGUAUAGAGAACCUGUACCGUAUGAUAAGAUCCGUACUAAAUAUGAAGCCAAGUAUGGUGCUAGCUUAAAUUCACAGGCUCCGCUGAAGAAUUUUCUGCGUUGUUUUGCUAAAGAAGUUCGAGUCACUAAUCAGUCACCAAUAGCGUUAUACCUGAUUGACAAAGAUGUGACUGUUCCCGAUGACCUUUCCGAAGAGGACCGUCUGCUUGCAGCAAACUUAACAACCAUUGACACACUUUCUUUAACACUUCCUCAAAAGUGGAAUGUGCAAAACACAUCAAAGUUCCCUCGUAAUCUAGAAAAGACGUCGAUGGCUAGGCAAUUGUCACGUAGUAGUUCUGCAGAGAAGAAACAGAAGACUAGCCCAACAAUGGCUUGGGGAGAUCAUGACUCAGAUUCAAGCGAUGAGGGCGGAACAGCUGCAGCUCCAAAGAUGUAUCGCAAACCACUUGUGGAUAAGAAUGCCGUGAAGAAGGACCAUAGUCCGGCAAAGAAUGAGAGUAGCAUGAUAAAAGAUAGGUUUACGCGUACGAAUGGUGGCCAGUAUACUGAUGACGAAGAGUCAGAAGAUACCGACCAGGGGGAAUCAGCUUCAAAAAAGCCAAGGGAACGCGAAAAAUUUUUUUAUGCUUUGCUAACUGAAUCUGGGAAACUUCAGCUUCUGGAAGAUAAGAAGUUAUGGGAAUUUGUUGAGAAGAAAUUAUAUUUCGAUUUGGGAAAUGUCAGGGAUGGUAGAAAGACGCCUUUGGGAGCACUAUCUUCAUUAGGAAGGUCAAAGAAAUCUUCAGAAGUCAGUGUUGCUGCAGCGAAAGCCAGGCCAGGAGAUUCUGCUGAUCUUUUGAACGAGCAAAGUCGGUCACGAUUCGUUAGAAGGUUGCUCCCUGGCGUUUCUGCGAGUCAACUGAGCAAAAGUGCUGGCUUCGCCGGUUGUUCGCCACAUCCUCCUCACUCAUCAGAAGAUAUUCAUGCGUCAUCUCGAGCACUUCACAGUGUGAACUUUGACCAGCCGGCCGAAAGAUCUGAGCAGUUUUCUCGCCAAGAAAAUCACUAUUUAAGUGGAAGGCGUGUUGGUGUUGAUUUUGCGCGACAGGUGGAUAGUUUUCGAAGUGAGCAAGGUUCUACAGCGUUAGGGUCGAAGAAAGUGAUUAAUGUGUUUACAGCACCCCUUUUUCAAGUUGAUGACGUUAAUAAAGACCGUGAGAAUCGUUCUCACUAUUAUUUGCGUAGGUCAUCAGCUAGCCCUCCCUCUCUCGCCAGAGAGAGCCCUCCUGUUGCUGUUAGCGGUAAUGGAAAAAAUUCCGACGGUACUCAUAAAUCCGGCAUAGAGUGUAACUUGCAAAAUAAGAGUCGCCGUAUGAAACUAGCGACAGUAAUCGAAGUUGCGGCAGAAGAAAGUCCUGAUCGUUUUAUUUUGGUUGGUUCAUGUGUACUUUUAAUACAUUAUUUGUUAUCGUCUCUUCCUGAAGUGAUCAAACCCCUUUACGGAAGAAAUUUUGAUCCAGAAGUCGAACCAGGGAUACAUAUGUCGUAUAGAGACAUUAUAAAAGAGUGCUGUGGUGGAGCACUUGAUUUAGCUAAGCUUCCAGACGGAAGGGUAAUGGAAGAAACUAAUGGUGGUUGCCCAGGCGUAGUUUGGAUGGAAUGUCCUGGGGCAGUUGGGGAAGAGGCCGGCAGGAGCAGAUUUGCCAGUUAUGCGCUAAAAUGUGAACUUUUAUUUAGGGGUGUGAAUUUUGGUCGUAAUACGGCAGUUUCUGCAACCAGGGCUCCUUCGUGUAGGUGUGGUUAG